CCUCCCCCUCAGUCCUCCUUCCUGUUCUCACUGCUCUGGUUUAAAAAGAGCAGUGAAGGGAGGAAAGCUGGGCAUUAUUCUUUGCCAAGCUUCAGAAUCAUGUCUUUCUUCCUGACUCCAGUCUUGAUAGCAGUUAUCUGUGUGUUGAUUGGGUGGAUCUUUAAAAGUGAAAGCAAGAAAGCAGACAAUGAAGUUAAAACCAAGCCAGAACACCGGCCAUGGGUAGAUGAAGACUUAAAAGACAGCACAGAGCUCCACCAAAUAGAAGAUGAGGACGAGUCGCAUGAAUUAGAUGAAAGUGUUGAACAUAUUCCAUUCUCCAGUCCACGCUAUCCAGAGAAUGAAAUGAUUAAGAGGUCUCAGGAAUUUUAUGAGCUUCUCAAUCAGAGGCGGUCUGUCAGGUUCAUAAGUAAUGAGCCGGUCCCAAGGCAGGUUAUUGACAAUGUCAUCAAAACAGCAGGAACAGCACCAAGUGGGGCACACACAGAGCCCUGGUCCUUCGUGGUUGUACAAGAUGAAGAAGUGAAACAUAGAAUCCGAAUGAUCGUUGAGGAAGAAGAGGAAGUAAAUUACAAGAAAAGAAUGGGAGACAAAUGGGUUAAUGACCUGAAGAAACUAAAAACUAACUGGAUCAAAGAAUACCUGGACACAGCCCCUUUUCUGAUUCUCAUUUUCAAAAAAGUCUAUGGCAUAACUUCCAGUGGCAGAAGAAAGACUCAUUACUACAAUGAGAUCAGUGUUUCCAUUGCUUGUGGUUUCCUCCUUGCUGCCUUACAGAAUGCAGGUCUUGUGACUGUCACCACCACCCCUCUGAACUGUGGACCUCGUCUGAGGACAUUGCUGGACCGCCCUGACAAUGAAAAGUUGCUGAUGCUCCUCCCCGUUGGGUAUCCCAGCAAGGAUAGCACAGUUCCUGACUUAAAGCGAAAACCCCUGGAGGAGAUUAUGGUGGUUGUAUAGACUGGAAGCUUCUCUCAUGCCUCUCUUUUUUUCCUGUUUCUUUCCUUCUUCCUUUUGCCCCAAGCUUAGCAGUCACUCAAUGUAGAUAUUGAUAGGCUUGUGUAGCACUCUAUUAUUUCUCAGAGGUGACAGCCACAGGGUAUGAUCAAUGGUUUUAACAUCUCAAACGCAUUGGAUCUGAUGCCUCCUGAGGCCAGUGGAGAGUCUGAUGAGGUGAAGAGAGGACAUUCUAAUUAAAUGCUAGUUGCUGUCACAUUGUACACCCCUGCUGCAGAAUGGAAUUCAUGUCUGCCUUAAAUUUCCCUGUUUACUUUAUAAAAUCAUUAAUGGUUUUGUUGGCUUGAGAAAAAGCAAAGAAUUACCAGAAAAUUCAAUGAGUCUCUAGGAAAUUUAGCUUUCAAAAUGAAAUAAACUCAGACCAUACACAUGGUCUUUCCCCUUUAAUUUCCCAUAGUUUUUACUUAAGAGGGGGCUUUUAGCUUAUUUUAUUUUUUGCUGUACACCAGUCAGAACUUUGCUAUUAUGAAAUGUGCCUAUGGGACACACAAUUUUUAAUGUGUACUCCUGAAGUCUUUGCCAUUUUUCAUUUCUUCUUUUCUUGAUGAUUGCACCCACCAUGGCACCCAGGAACUCAGGGAGGUAGAAAUAGCUAUUUAACAAGUAAUAAUAGCUAACAUUUCCACAGCACUUAGCAAGUGCCAGGCUCUGUGAGAAGUGCUUUGCAACUAUCAUCUCCAUUUGAUCCUUACGACAAUCCUGGAAGGUAGAUGCUAUUAUUAUCCCCAUUUUACACAUGAGGAAACUGAGGUAAACAGGGAUUAAGUGACUUGCCCAGUAUCAAACAAUUGGUAAGUGUCUGAGGCAGGGUGGGAUCUCAAAUCAUCCUGACUCCAUGCCUAGUUCUCUAGUCACUGUGACAUUAGGUGGACAUUGCCUUUCUUGAACCUCAACUCCAAAAGCUAAGCCAUUCCUGAGCUAAUGAUAGCACCUAAUAAUUUGUAUAGGAAGCCUUCAAACCCUAAUCUCUUCCUAAUCAUUUUGUUUUAUUAAAUUCUUUUUGAUUGAUCUUA